AGAGCGGGCGAGGGUCCAGGCGCCGCCCAGCCUGGCUCGAGCUCCUCCCUCCCCGCGCCGCCUCCGGGUGCCACCGCCACUAUUCCUGGAGAGCCUUCGGUCGGUGCUGCUGUGGGGCUGGCCGAGGAGUCCCGGGAGGGGCGGCGGCGCCAGGACGCUCGGCCAGCGAACCGUGGGCUUCGCCCGGCGGCCAAUGCUGUUUGCUACUAAUGGGGGUGAGCAAGUUAGAUGUUCUAUACCGGAGACUUCUCCUCACAAAACUUUUUAUCAGAGGAUGGGGAAGACCAGAAGAUCUCAAAAGACUCUUUGAAUUCAGAAAAAUGAUUGGAAAUCGAGAAAGAUGCCAGAAUCUGGUUUCAAGUGAUUAUCCAGUAUACAUUGAUAAGAUUGAGGAGCAGUCAGACUGUAAGAUCCUAGAUGGACACUUUGUUUCCCCCAUGGCCCACUAUGUGCCUGAUAUCAUGCCAACUGAAUCUGUUAUUGCACGGUUCCAAUUUAUUGUGCCUAAGGAGUGGAACAGCAAAUACAGACCAGUGUGCAUUCACCUUGCUGGAACCGGAGAUCAUCAUUACUGGAGGCGGCGAACACUGAUGGCCCGUCCCAUGAUUAAAGAAGCCCGGAUGGCUUCUUUAUUGUUAGAAAACCCGUAUUAUGGCUGCAGGAAACCCAAGGACCAAGUAAGGUCCAGCUUAAAAAAUGUAUCUGACCUUUUUGUGAUGGGAGGAGCUCUUGUUUUAGAAUCUGCAGCUCUCUUGCACUGGCUAGAGAGAGAAGGUUAUGGACCUCUCGGAAUGACCGGAAUAUCCAUGGGAGGACACAUGGCCUCCUUAGCAGUAUCCAACUGGCCUAAGCCCAUGCCACUGAUUCCAUGUCUGUCUUGGUCCACAGCAUCUGGGGUCUUCACUACGGGUGUAUUGAGUAAAUCAAUUAAUUGGAGGGAGCUGGAAAAGCAAUAUUAUACACAGACAGUUUAUGAAGAAGAAAUUAUUCACAUGCUUGAAUAUUGUGGAACAGAUUCCUUCAAAAUGGGACAAGAGUUCGUGAAACGCUUCUCUAGCAGUGCAGACAAGCUACCUAACCUCAAUCUAGUUUCUAGAACUAUAAAUUUAGAUAUGACAGACCAAGUUGUGUCCCAGAAACCUGCUGAGUGCCACAAUUCUAGUAAAACUUCUCUGAGUGCUUCAUCAGAAGGACUGUUGUUGCAAGAUACCUCUAAGAUAGAGUGCUUGGCUCAAACACUUAAAACCAACAAAAGUAGUUACACAGGUUACAGCCCUCAGUCACAUCGUCUACUCAGCAAAGAACAAAGAAGAAACCAUCUUCAAAAAGAGUCUUUAAUAUUUAUGAAAGGAGUCAUGGACGAAUGUACUCAUGUAGCAAAUUUCUCAGUUCCAGUUGACCCGAGCCUCAUUAUAGUGGUACAAGCCAAGGAGGAUGCCUACAUCCCACGAACAGGAGUUCGGAGUCUACAAGAAAUUUGGCCUGGUUGUGAAAUCCGAUACCUAGAAGGGGGUCAUAUUAGUGCUUAUCUUUUUAAACAAGGACUUUUCAGACAAGCCAUCUAUGAUGCAUUUGACCGCUUCCUCCGUAAAUAUGCCAACUGAUUGGAUCACUGUGUUAUGCAAUCAGCGAGCAGUUUUUACAAGAGGAAUUUUUAUCCUGUGACAAUGUGAAGAACAAGCAGACAGCACUGGAGUCCGGAAUUCAGUGUUGCAGAUCAGUCACCUAUAAAUUCUAAAUACAUUUCAGUAAUUUUAAAACAAUGUUUGAAUUAAAUAAUCUUAAAGUAUGGUGUUUCUGUUUGUGGAAAUCCCAUAUGCUCAAUAUCUAGUCUAUUAUAACUAUUUAUGAAAACUUUACAUUUUCAAUUAUGAAUAAUUUAUUAAUUUAAAAUAAAUGUAUCCAUGGGAA